AUGCAGGCUCUCGGAUCUAACUUGGGCCAUCCUCAGACCAGAAACCCUGAUCCUGUAAGAGCCAGAACACCACAAGACGCAACUCUCAGUAUGCGAAGUCAGCUUUUGGAGGAAUUCAGAAACUCAAAAAGCAAGAAGUAUGAACUAAAGGAUAUUGCUGGUCAUGUUGUCGAAUUCAGUGGUGAUCAAUAUGGCUCUCGAUUUAUCCAACAGAAAUUGGAAAUUGCCAACAGUGAAGAGAAACAGAUGGUGUUUGAGGAAGUUCUGCCAAACGCUUUGCAGCUCAUGACAGAUGUUUUUGGAAAUUAUGUUUUGCAAAAGUUUUUUGAGCAUGGAAAUCAAAUGCAAAAGACAAUUCUUGCUAAACAAAUGGAAGGCCAUGUGCUUUCUUUGUCUCUCCAAAUGUAUGGUUGCCGAGUUGUUCAAAAAGCAUUGGAACAUGUCUUGACAGAACAACAAGCUAAAAUUGUGGGAGAAUUGAACGGAUGUGUAUUGAAAUGUAUCAAAGAUCAAAAUGGCAACCAUGUCAUUCAAAAGGCUAUUGAGCGUGUUCCUGCACAGCAUAUUCAAUUUAUUAUGGACGCAUUUCACGGACAAGUAUAUAACCUUGCUACUCAUCCUUACGGAUGUAGAGUGAUCCAACGUAUGUUUGAGCACUGUACAUCAAUGCAAACGGGACCAUUGUUGGAAGAACUUCAUCGCUGCACUGGACAGCUUGUACAGGAUCAGUACGGAAAUUAUGUGAUACAGCAUAUUUUGGAACGUGGUCGUCCCGAAGACAAAAAAGUAGUGAUUGAGAAGAUUCGCGGCCAAAUUCUGCAAUUGAGCAAGCACAAGUUUGCCAGUAAUGUUGUUGAAAAGUGCGUCGAUUAUGGCACCAAACGUGACAGGCAGCUUUUGAUCGAAGAAGUCCUGCAAAAUAAACCAGAUGGAACAUACCCAUUGGUGGCUAUGAUGAAAGAUCAGUACGCCAAUUACGUUGUCCAAAAAAUGUUGGAUGUUGUAGAUAAAGAUCAGCGCGAAUUGCUAGUCAACAAGAUCAAACCCCAUCUCCAGUCUUUGAAAAAGUAUACCUAUGGAAAACACCUUAUUCAGAGUAAGUUUGAUGCUCGAAUAUUAAUGAUUUUUUUCAAAGCAACUCUUUACUGA